AUGGUUUCUCGAUCAUCCGAACCGAGUGAGGGGCCACCUCCACCGUCCAAAACACCAGGCACUCCGGCCAAAUCACGACUGACGAGACUGGGGUCCAGCCCGACCAAACGAGAAGACAAAGGGAAAGACAGCAGGAUGAUCAAAUCAUCGGCGAAAGAUGUUGCCGAGCUCAAGGAUUUUCAAUUGGGUGACUGCCUAGGCAGAGGCGCGUUUGGCUCGGUGUAUAGAGCCCUCAAUUGGAACACAGGAGAGACCGUUGCUGUCAAGCAAAUCAAGUUGGCAGAUUUACCGAAGAGCGAAUUGCGGGUCAUCAUGCUGGAAAUCGAUCUCUUGAAGAACUUGGAUCAUCCUAACAUUGUAAAAUAUCAAGGCUUUGUGAAAUCCGCAGAGACUCUGAACAUCAUACUUGAGUAUUGUGAGAAUGGUUCUUUGCAUUCCAUUGCGAAGAAUUUUGGUCGCUUCCCUGAGAACUUGGUUGGCCUGUACAUGUCACAAGUGCUGCACGGCCUUUUGUACCUGCAUGAACAAGGUGUUAUCCAUAGGGAUAUCAAAGGAGCCAAUAUUCUCACCACUAAAGAGGGCCUUGUCAAGCUUGCAGAUUUUGGUGUCGCCAGUCGAACGACGGGGCUUAGUGAAUCCAGCGUGGUUGGCACGCCGUACUGGAUGGCUCCUGAAGUUAUAGAGCUCUCGGGUGCAACCACUUCGUCUGAUAUCUGGAGUCUUGGGUGCACUGUCAUUGAGCUUCUAGAAGGAAAGCCGCCAUACUACAAUCUUCAGCCAAUGCCAGCUUUAUUCCGCAUUGUCAAUGAUGAUCACCCACCUCUCCCACAAGGAGCCUCGCCGGCUGUCAAGGAUUUCUUGAUGCAGUGCUUUCAAAAAGAUCCCAACCUUCGUGUAUCGGCAAGAAAACUUCUUAAGCACCCCUGGAUUGUCAAUGCUCGCAGAACAGACUCAGUGGUUCCCAAGAAGUCGACCGAAUACGAGGAAGCUGUGAAGAGUGUGCAAGAAUGGAACGAAGCUCUUCGUUCUCCCGAAAUGGGGACGCUGCGCAAGCCUUUCAGGUUCGACACACAGGGCUCUGCAUCGUUCCGCCCAGAUCUGGGCCCGUCUCGGUAUGCACCAACGACAGACACACUCCCAAGUCCGGUCUCAAAGCAUGUUAAUCGAUAUCGAUCCCCUGAGUCUACUGAGGAGGACAACUGGGAUGAUGACUUUGCGACAGCAAUAUCCCCAAGCGCGUUACAGCUGCCUCAUCUUCGACCGCAAGAUAACUUUGGGGGCAUGUUGUCAUCUGAAAAGCUGAAAGCAUUCGCAUCACUCGAUGGGACAGUGCUCAAGUCAGAUGACGCCUUUUCGGAUUCUGAUGAUUCUUCCCUGAAUGGGUUUCCCGAAGCAGACUCCCUGCAAACCAUCCGUCCUUAUCCUUUGCGGCAAGCAGGAGUGGAGAGCACACCGAGUCAGCCCAAGACCACCAUAGCUGCCAUUCACCAAAAUGUGCCAAUUCUCAAAACCCCGGUGCCACCACUAAAACCACAGAGACCGACUUCCUUCUUCAAAGAAAACUCAGUCGAGGAUUAUUCCGACCUCAUCAAUGCUAAUGAGGAUGUUCUAGACCACAAACUUAGCGCCUUUCAAGAGACCGACGAAGAAACCGAUACGCCAGUCUCGCCAUCCAAAGAACUGGUUCGGUAUCAAGAAUCGCCAGAACGCAAUGAAGAUCAUGAGCCACAACUUCGAAAGCGGAUAUCUGUCAAACGCACCCGCUCCGACUUUGAAAUCCAGCGAUAUGCUGAGAACGAGCGCGACGAAGAUUUCUCUGAUAUCCUAGGUGCCGAUGAGGUUGCUCUAGACAGGCCGGAGAGCGAGAACAACUCAAACCAAAGCACGUUGAGACUCAAUUCCAAAUUGUCAAACAACUCGUGGCUUGGAGAUCAGGAUGAUGAAGAUGAUCCUUUCGCACAACUCGAAGAGGGACUUGAUGAAACGGACUUGGAGGCUAACAUCGCACGCGACAAGUAUGCACGUCUUAAGAGCCAGGUUGAAGGGCUCGUGAGCUCCUUGAAAACGUCCCAGGAUGAGGACGUACUGGGGGAAAUCUCCGAACAAUUGUUGACUGUGUUCUGUGACCUACCUGAAACGAAGAACAUCAUUAUUAGCGCUCAUGGAAUGCUGCCGAUCUUGGAGAUACUGGACAUAUGCCGUCGGCGUGACAUUAUACUCUGCCUGUUGCGCAUUGUCAAUGCGAUCAUCUUCAAUGACUACGACAUCCAAGAGAAUCUUUGCUUCGUGGGCGGAAUUCCCAUCAUAAAUGAGUUCGCCGCCAAGAAAUACCCGAGAGAGAUUCGUCUCGAAGCGGCAGCCUUUGUGCAGCAGAUGUACCAAACUUCAACUCUUACCCUGCAAAUGUUCGUCAGUGCGGGUGGUCUCAAUGUUUUAGUUGAGUUCUUGGAAGAUGACUAUGAGGACGAGCGUGACUUGGUCCUUAUUGGCGUCAACGGAAUUUGGAGUGUCUUUGAAUUGCAGGGUUCUACGCCAAAGAAUGACUUUUGUAGAAUAUUGUCACGCAAUUCUGUCUUGGAUCCCUUAUCACUCGUUCUCAGUCGCGUGCUGGAUGAAGAAGGCGAAUUAGCUGAGAUCGUCGAGGGCCGGAUUGCAAACAUCUUCUUCAUAUUCUCGCAGGCCGAAAACCAUGUGAAGGAAAUGGUGGCAGAGCGAACGGUAUUGCAUAGAGUCUUGAAGGAAUUAAGACGGAUGACACCGCCACACCAAAUCACUAUGCUGAAGUUCAUUAAGAACUUGUCAAUGCUUUCCACAACACUCGACGCGCUUCAGAACUCAAAUGCAAUCGAUGUUCUUACAGACUUGUUACGAUCUACCAUCAAACGCCCACACUUCCGGGAGGUUUCCAACCAGAUCCUCAACACUAUCUACAACAUGUGUCGCCUGAAUAAGUCUCGACAAGAAGAUGCAGCUUUGAAUGGCAUCGUACCUCUUCUUCAGAAAAUUGUGAAAACAGAGCGGCCUUUGAAGGAGUUUGCCUUGCCUAUUCUCUGUGACAUGGCGCAUUCUGGGAAGGUCGGUCGUCGUGAACUGUGGCGUAACAAAGGGCUUGCAUUCUACAUCUCUCUUCUGUCAGACCCGUACUGGCAAGUUACAGCUCUGGAUGCUAUUGUCAACUGGCUUCAAGAAGAAACUGCUAAGGUCGAGGAGCAUCUCCUUGAUAAUCGUUAUGAACGAGUUUCAUUUACAGACUCUAUUCUCAGGUGUUUGACUGUCUCCAAGGCAAACGCUUUUGAGAAUCUCCUGGAGCCACUCCAGAAACUUCUCAGGCUAAGCCCGCCGAUUGCAUCGACUUUCGCAAGACCCGACAUAUUCACCAAGAUUGGACAGAAAUUACGCCACAACAAAGCUGCGGUACGGCUCAACAUGCUGCGCAUUAUAUCGAGUAUCUGCGAUUCCAGCGAGGAGCAGGGUGGCCUUCUUGCCAGAUACGGUCUCCUGGACGCAAUUCGAGAACUUGAACACGACCCAGCAAUUUUGGUCAGGGACAUGGCCGGCAAGCUGAUACAGUCUAAUGAGAAAAGUGAAUCAUAUCACUUAGAAAAGCGCAAACCAGGCGUUAGACGGCGGAGUAAUUCAACCACUCCACCAAGUCUGCUUGCAAAUCAAUCGGCCCCGGCCACUCCACAGAUGAAUCGGUUCAGUCAGUCCAAGGCUUACUUUGACGGGCGAGAAAGCCAACGCCAUCCCCGAAAUGCCCUCGGUAGCUCAGCACUGGCUCUUCGACCUGGAAGUCGAGAUGGGCUAAGUUCCAGCCUCACGGCGGGAGUCAAUCCCGCACCUGGAGCUUCGAGGAAUAGGAUUUCACGAGGCGUCGGUAACCGACUAUCUCACGUCGAUUUCCUGGCGGAAGACGAGUCCAGGCCUGCAAGCUCAUUAUCGCGUCGUCGCUCAAUUCUUCCGCAGCGCCGACGUCCGACACAUACUGAGGCGGAUUGGACGUCCAAAGCCCCUUGA